GCGCGUGUGUGCUUUUCUCUCUUCUUCUACGCCCUGGCCGUCGUCGUCUUCUUCUUCUUCCCUACCUUCUUCGCCCGGCCGGUACGGUUUGCGUACACACCGAGCGUGCACGAUACGCUCAUCGGCUAAGUAAUCGUGGCGCGGCGCGUGUAAAAAGCACACCGCCGUCGACGAGGAGGUACGCGGAGGACGCGCGUGUGGCACGGCGUGUGCAAUUAAAUCGAACGCGAGUGUCGGGAUACGACGUAACAAAUAAUCGGUACUGGUCGAACAGAGAGCGAAACCGGGGAGGAUUUCGGCCACCGUCGGCGCAGCGGGUGUCCGCGGACUAUCAGCGCGACAGUGUUCGGUGAGGUCCGCCGAAGUGGCAGCAGCCGCUUCGCGUCGCAGUGACAGAGAGUGACGGUUGCAGCGCAAGGAGGAGCGACAUGUCGACGACUCGGUUAUGCGGUCGCGACGCGAUCCCCUUUGGAAGCCGGGCCACGACGAGGUGACGCACGGCGACCGGACAGUAGCACCGCUCGGGGACUCUCAUUGGGUCGGUACAGUGUUUCCGCGCCCGUUCCACGGUGAGGACUACGCGUGUGCAGUGGACGUGUGACAAGUGGUGCCUCGAACUGGGAGAUAAAAACAUCCGGACGGAUACGUGCGACAGAGAGACCGAAAGUGAAUAUUCCGGCGCAGUGAGCCCGAUCGAGACGGAUCACGAGUGUGGAUACUGAGGAACGGUGCGAGCCCGCGGUGCGGACUCCCGAUGACGACUCGCCGCGUUCCGUCCACCUAGUCGCCGUGUGCUCGUGGCGAGCUCCCAAAAUUCGGGCCCCAUACGGAGCGCGGGCGGCGGCGACGACGUCGUCGGCGAGUUUGGCGGCUAGGGCCUUGGGCUGUGGCGGCGGCAUCGACGUCGCGUCUAAAGUGGAGCGUCCGGGCAGCACGACGACGCUCAACUUCACGGAUCUGGGGAGCCCAUUCGGGGCGGGCGACCCCUGUCCGUCGAGUACCCCGACCCCGAACAGCAUGUCGGGCGGCGGCGGACCGACCGGCGGCGGCGGUGGCGGCGGAGGCGGCGGCGGCGGUGCCGCCGGUACCGGUGGCGCCGGCUCCGACAUGGAGCAGCAUCUUCAUCACGCCGGUCUCGGCUCGGUGACGCCCGGGCCACCCGGUGGCAACGGCGGCGACAGCACGACGUCCAGCACGCCGGUCUCCCAGAGCGGCAAGUCCGCCUUCAUCGAGCUGCAGCACAACAACCUCUACAAUCCCGCGAGCCUGCGCGGCGGUUAUCCGGGCGGGCACAACGUGCCCGGCGCCCACCAGUUCUCGCACCAGGUCGGCUCGCUGGCGCACCAGGGCUCCGGGCCCGGCAGCGGCAAUCAGCAGCACGCGGACGCGGGCUUCCCCAGUCCCAGGUCCGCGCUCGCCGGAUAUCCGUUCGCGCCCAUGCACCAGCACAACGCCUACGGAUAUCACCUGGGAUCGUACGCCCCCCAAUGCCCCUCGCCGCCCAAGGACGGUGAGUACCCCAACUACCUCUCGCCAUUGGGUGAUAAAGGCGGAAGCCUCGUCGACGAACUCGGCGGCGGCGGCGGCGGUUCCCUCAGGAACGGCAAGGGCAAGAAAAUGAGGAAACCGAGGACGAUUUACAGCAGCCUGCAAUUGCAGCAGCUCAACAGGCGGUUCCAGAGAACGCAAUACCUCGCGCUACCAGAGAGAGCAGAGCUCGCGGCUAGUCUCGGACUCACGCAAACACAGGUGAAGAUCUGGUUUCAAAAUAGGAGGAGUAAAUACAAGAAGAUGAUGAAAGCGGCGCAGCAGGGCGGAGGUGGCGGCGGUGGGCAACACGGCAGCCUUUUAGCAGGUGGGACUGCUCUACCUGGCGGACCAUCCCCUCAGCCCGGGCAACCCGGAAGUCUCAUGCAAGGAGGGGGCGGAAGUUCCGUUUCGGGCAGCCCAACGACGGGUUAUCUCGGCGGCAUGGGCGGCGGGGGUGGCGGUCACACCCCUGGGAGCUCGAGCCCCGGAAGUGAGAUGUCGCCUCAGCACAACGAAAGCCCACCAGCACCCUCCUGGCCGGGCGAGAUGAAGCACCAUCCGCAUCCUCACGCGCCACCCCACACCCAUCAUCAUCCGCAUACGCCUGGACAUCAUCCACCACCACCGCCACCGCCGCCGCAUCACGCGGGUUACAUGCCGCAGUAUUCCUGGUACCAGGCGGAUCCCAAUCCCGGACUACUCACGGUAUGGCCAGCAGUUUAACGAAGAUGUCCAUCGAACUGAGUUGAAGUGAACCACCUCUUCGUAGCACCGCGGACAUACCAGCGCUCCUACCCCAAAGUGUGAAUACGUGUAGCGCCUCUCGCGAGGAAAAUUGAAUGUUAAUAUUGUUUCUAAUCGUCUCUAACGAAACCCGCGUGCCGGUUUCCGUGCGGGCCGUCCGUCUCGAAGUGAGAGUAGUACGAGAACAGUGCGACGUCGUAAUACACGUCCCUUAGCGAAAUAUUAAUGAUAAUAAUACUAACGAUGAUGCAGCCGCGCGCGAGUGCCGAUCCUGGAUCGGCAACGAUGUGUGUGCUUGUGUGCGUUCUCAAUGAAGCGAAGCUGAAAGCUGAUCGAAGAGGACCGACGCACUCGAGUGCGCCAGCCAACGUUGGCUAUCGACGGGAGCGCCGCCGAAAACCAGAAGUCACGAACGAUACGCCCACAUCGAGUGACUCUUGACCGAUAAGUGACACACGUGGUUUUGGUGCGCGCAUCGUUCCGUUGUGCCGCGGGAUGUGUGUGUGUGUGUGAUUGAUCCGUCCUGCGAAUCAACGUCGGUUUGGAAGAAGGGAACGACAGCAUCGUCACGCCGCAUGGUGAAGUAGACGUUGUAAAAAGAAAGGGAAGAAAGUCAAGUGAUAGUGACGUCAGGUAAUCAGCGGGUCGCGACGCGAGGUUCGGCCGAAAAUCGACGACCUGCGAUCGUUCGCGACGCGCAUUCAUUGAUGAUCCGGCCGUUGGUGAUCUUGAAGUUCGAUUCACGGAAUCGGAGCACACUUGUAGAGCUACGCGUAUGAUUGAGUGAUCGUCACGACUGUAACGCUUUUCGUGUUUGGCAAGUAAUCGUUGUCGCGGAAGUAAGAAUCGCGCGAGGAAUCUUUCUUUCCGGAGGAAAUCGAAUAAAAACCGGCUCGUCCCUCUGUGUCCGUUCGUGCCGACCGUCGCGAUUGCGUGCAUCGGAUCUAAUUUGAUUACAACGGUUAAUUAUAAGCAACGAUUGCCUCCGAGUAAUUAUUUUCAUUGUGGAAAUGUUGUUGUCCGCCGUUCGUCAAGCGUGGAAUUGUGUACCGCGAGUUCACUCGCGCUUCGAGUUAAUUGUUAAUCAAAUGAAAUAUUACGCAAUAUGAUUAUUUUCUAGGAAGGAAAUAUUGAAUUAUGUGACGUUGCCAUCGCAAUUACGUGUUACCAAAAGUAAUCCGAUCGUCAUUAUUAGGUGUUAAUUGGUUGUAUUUGUACGUCAGAAGCCUCAAACCCCUGUAAUGAGCUGUGAAAGAAGAAAAGAAUAUUUUCUCACAAAUCUCGAUCAAUUGCAAACUCGACGUUUCAACGUUUGUGUAAUCGAGGUAAUUGGUAUUAUUUUCGGUUGUGCUCGGAAGAUUUUCAAAGCGUCAAGUUUGAGACUUCCGAUCUACAUUGUCGCUGUCAUCUUCAGUCGCAAUUAUCUUUAGAACAAAUCGACAAAAUCCGAUGAUCAAGGAUUCUCGGGGAGCUAUCAUGGAACUAUUUGCAAUUUCGAUUGAAAACGCGAGUUUUCGACUAACGAAUUUCUGGCCUCGAUGUUGCCCGUAUCGUAAAUCUCUGUUUAAAUUGGCCUACCACGGAUUAAACGAGCAAGUGGUAGCGAUCUUCUGCAAUCGUGACACGAGACUAGUCGCUUCCGUUUGAUUGAGCUGAAACGGGAUAAAUAUCGACAUCUUUCGGUAUUUUUCUACGGUAUAUUCAUCGGAAAACAUGUCGACGUGAAUUCUGAUGGCUACGGGUAGAAAAGUGUGAGAUAUUAUCGAGCGCUCUUCGAGCGUCCAACUGCUCAUAUCACUUCCGGACGUAAAGUUCGAGCCACAGGAAUUUUACAGCGGAAGUCAUGCGUGUGUAUGCGUGUGCAAGAGACACGUACGAAUCUUCACGGCAAAACAGUCGGCAAAACGGAUCCCGGUCAGAAGUCUCCUCGAAUAGUUCCACGUUAACUUCCCCGCUCGGGUAAUCUCCAUUUAAUUACGGAUUCUCUCUCGGUUCUACGUCGGUGUUGACGAAUAAAGAAUUUACUAGUGUGACAAAUAAAAAAUUAUUUUCUGCCCUACUUAGACGAGAGACGAAACAUUUAAACUCGCACAACUCCCAACUAUUCCCAAACUUAACGUCGCCGACGAGAGAAUUAACGAGCGCCAGAGUGCGGCGACGGUAACGGUGCCGGCGAAUUUCCCGACGUGAGGGAAACGUAGAAAGUCACUGUCUGAAAAUAAGGAAGGGAACGCGAAGAGAUCAAGUUUGAGAUCACUGGCCUACAUCCGGUACUCGUCUGGUAAUUGUGCCCCGGACGAACUUAACGAACCCCGGGCGAGCAACGGGACCAGGCCGGGAUCCUUUCCAGUGCGGCUCGAUCGAGCGAUAUUUUCGUCACCUUUCCGAACCAGGCCAGUCCGGCACGAUCGUGCAUCUCUAAAAACCCAUUUCCAUCUCCUCGCAAAUGUCAAUUGCCGAUGACGGUUAGGCCGGUCGAUCCUUUGUGACAGUUACCCAACAACCGCGAGUGCAGCCGGCCUACUUCGUGCGCGGGCUGGAUCUCGCGUGAUAGACAGAGAGGAACGACAGGAUCGGCGAAGUUGCGCGAAACGGUAGACGGGGGGAGGACGGGGGGAGAAAGAGAAACAACGUUGCAUAAACUCGUUGAGCAGUCGUUCCUCAAGGCGGUUGGAAGUAAUGAAAUCCUAAUGACAUUUUCGUGAGUCAAACGAUCUCGGCAAUCACGGUGGCUCGCUGUAAUCACCGGUCCCUCCUUCCCGGAUGAGGCAACCGGCCGGGGGCCUCCUCCGAGGAGGAGAGGAAUACGCGAGAGAUGAACGGAGGAGCGAUAGCUCGAGGGACGAACUGAAGAAAAAAAUCAUUAGCUCGAGACCGGCGACGCGCGGGACGCUGCCGACGUCUGAGCUCAUUAGGAACUUCGGAAAUGUAGGGAAAAUGUCGCUUGGAUUUCGGCACCGAUCGGUUCGUCCACAUCGUAGUCCCCUUUGUAGCCAACACGCGGCCCCUUUUUAACCGCCAUCGAUUCUGAUGUAUUUUAUACCGGGCAAAUCAACCUCUCCCAUCGGACAUUUUUGCGUUAAAAAUAGUUCCCAAGAUAUUUAUUUAUUUAUAGACCUUCGCUCUUUUUACCAAAAGCGUAGUUUGGUUAAAUAUAAAUUUCGCGUGGGAUAUAGCUGAUCGUUAAUAUAUAAAUAAUCUAGACGAAAGCUCGAUAAAUUAAUAAUAAAUUAAACGGAACACAGGAUUUGCCGCCUCUCUGGAAUGGUGGCAGCGUCGAGAUCUUUUUCUAAAUAACGGUCUUCUUUUCCGCCGCUCUGGCGACAAUCCAGCGUCACGCUACAAGCUGGUCAAGUUGCGGGUGAGCGAAGCGGUGGACUGUUUUACGCUGUUUCUUCUUUUGCUAUUCUCCGUCGGCCAUAUUGGGUCACCCUUGCCAUCUUGCGUCGCGCAAUAUCUAGCUUUCCAAGAGACGAUGCCAAACCGCAAAAACAACGGCUGCGACUUGCGACCGCGGGAAACUGGGAGGGUCGGCGGGCCCCACCGCUGACCCAGAUCCACUGUCUCGUCGGUGCAACAAUGGUCGUCGUCUCAUGAGAACGCGUAGUCCCGCGGGGUCCCUUUCCUUCCUGAUUCUGCCUUUUCCUUCGCUCUGAUUGAUGUUACCGUUCGGCACAUGUCGCGACGUACGCUGCUGUCGCGCCAAGCCUCGCUUUCGCACAUCCCAACUCGGAUCUCCAUUACCCAACAUCUCUCAAACAUACAUCAUUUCCGUGAUGAAUCUUCUAAUCCGAAUUCUCGACAUUAAGGCAUCCAGAAAGGACAAUAAGCAAAACGAGCCGAUCUUAUCCUCCGAAAUGGCAAGUCAAAACGUUACGUUUCGUAGUUCUCGAGCUACCGAAUCUGAUUCUGACAUUUACACGUUUUUAAUUUGUCGAGAAAAUGUGAAAAUCAGCAUAUGAAACCAUUAAACAUUUAAUACCGUAAUUCUGUUCAGCCGUGUUCGGAUCAGCCCACGUCCGUGCGCUCUGUACAAUAGAACCUUUUUAUAGUCACAUCCUCAAGACAUGUGUGACUAUUUAUUUUUUCUCAAUGCUUUGUUUCUUUCUCUCUUUCUUAUAUAUUCUUCUUCUAUGUGUAAUAUAUAGAUUUCCGUUCAUAACAAUAUUUCACUAUCGGAAAUUACAAGAUUUACGCAAAAAAUAUUCUCGAGCAUCGAAAUCCUUUUUGUCUUCUUCAUUUAUUAACUUGUGUCGUUCAUAUCGGCCGAUUUUCACUUAAUAUUAUUUAUUUUAUUACAGUUUUACGCUUUCAUAUUAUUCUCACAAUAGUUUCUUACAUAUUUCAUAGCUUUAUAUGCUGACUUUAAUGCUUUCUUGACAAAUUAACAUUUUUUAAAGGUCGGAAUCAGAUUCGGCAGCUCGAAAACUACAAAAAUAUACCGUUUUACUUGCCGCUGCUUAUUUUACUUAUCGUCCUCCGCACACACUGUACUCGCGGAUUAAAUGAAGCAAACGACAAAAGCGUAUUCGCGAUAUCAGAGACAUACGGGUACGUCCGAACCUCCCGAAUAUCGACGGGGUUCAACGAUCGAGAUAGUAUGCGAGAUCUCACGUAAUGCACCCGCAAUUCCGCCGGUUUCCCCGAUUCCACGGGAAUCGACGAGGACAUCAGCAGCGCGCGCGAGUCCGCGGCGCGGAAACUCGCGGCGGAUCAAGCUGCUGGGGUCAACCCCCGUGGUGCACAAAGAGGACAGUACAAAACUAGCUUUAGCUAAAAAAAAAAGAAAAAAAGAAAAAACUGCCCUUCCGCUCGUGUUGUCGGUCGCGCUAGCUGUUGAACGCUGGUACGCGAUUAUUGCGUCACGUGAGUUUACGUAAAGCCUCGCGGCGAAAAAAGGGAGCCGAGCUGGAAGGUAGGCUACGUUCCGGGGAUCGAUGUCGCUGCGACGCAGAAUUCCUACGUCGUGACGCUCCGCGUCGUCGUCGUCGGGACGAUGUCGGCGCACGCGAAAGAUGCGCGGACGGUGCGACGACGACGACGAUUCGUGUUCCCGUGUAUAAUAAUAAGUGCCGUUAGAUUUAACCGCAAACCGCGCUGUGGAGAACUAGGAGGCACGGGACGGCCUUCUCGGACGGGUUCUUGCGUUUUGAUUCGGUGCAAUAAGAAGGCGUGUGCGUGUAUAAUUUAAGACGAAACUCCCCUCAGUUCCUAAAUUUCGUGUAAAGCCGAAAAUGCGAAAAACAGCGUGAAACAAUUGAGCAUGGUCGACGUGGCGGCGCGCGUUUCCAAUCGUCGAGACUGCCGCUGACUUUGUCAGAAAAGUCGCAUCAUGGGAAAAAAAAAAAGAAGUCUUUCCGCGCCGAAGAAUUUAGCGAAGAUUAAUUUUACAGUAAUUUCUCGUACACACACGAGAUAUUGUCGAAAGAUAAUUAAUACGUAUACUUGUCGAUGUGAAAGCGACGUGCUUACAGUUUCCGAGAGAUAAUGGCAUCAACUACCGCGACGUAAGAAUACGUCGAAUCCGACAGCAUCGAUGAGAUACAAUGUGCAAAACAACGCGGCGCGUCCCACCUUUACCACGCUUUCAUCGAAUACGCAGACUAUGACAACACCGUGCGCGCGCGAGGACGAAUGUGAACUUAACGCGACCGAAAGGAAGAGAGUGCGUGUGUAUGCGUGCAUGUGCGUAUGUAUGUGUGUAUGCUUGCGAGAGAGAGAGAGAGAGAGAGGACGAGAAUGGUAAAAAGCGUAAAAAGUGUCCGUAGAAUUUACUAGUGUUACUAGUCUCGGUGCAAGUCACCGGAGAUCGAUCGAACUCGUCGACUAAGCUGAGAGAUCGAUCCCCGAACGCCUGUACAUAUUGCACUGGGGCCCUCUAGCGUGUAAGUGGAUCUGUGUAAAAUACGAUAUUGUGAUAAGAAUGUAAAGAGAGAGGUACGAGGACGAAAGACAGAUAAAUCAAGAGAGAGGCCUAGCAAAUCGUCUAUAUACAUAUAGGAUAUACACGGCAGACCCCGAUUUAACGAUUUUACCCAGGUAUCCUUGUACGGAUAUAGAAUAUUACGAGAACUAA